GUGGGUAUUUGCUAUAAAGCCGCGAGUUCCUCCUGUCUCUUUCCACCUUCAGCCAUUUUGAAGAUGUUGGGAGCUGUGGGACGCUGCUGCACCGGGGCCCUGCAGGCUCUGAAGCCUGGGGUCCAGCCCUUGAAGACUCUUGUCGGAUCCCCAGCUGUCCUCUCGCGAAGAGACUAUGUUGCGCCCGCUGCCGCCGCCAGUGUUGCCAAUGGACGCAUUGUAGCAGUCAUCGGUGCUGUUGUGGACGUCCAGUUCGAUGAGGGCCUUCCACCCAUUCUCAAUGCCCUGGAGGUCACCAGCAGGGACUCUAGACUUGUCUUGGAGGUGGCACAGCAUCUUGGUGAGAACACUGUGCGUACUAUCGCUAUGGAUGGUACUGAAGGUCUUGUCCGUGGACAAAAAGUUCUGGACACCGGCGCCCCCAUUAGAAUCCCCGUAGGUCCCGAGACCUUGGGUAGGAUUAUGAAUGUCAUUGGUGAGCCUAUUGAUGAGAGGGGCCCUAUUUCCACAAAGCAAACUGCGCCCAUCCAUGCUGAGGCUCCUGAAUUCACUGACAUGAGUGUGGAGCAGGAGAUUCUUGUUACUGGGAUUAAGGUGGUUGACUUGCUUGCCCCCUAUGCUAAGGGAGGAAAAAUUGGGCUGUUUGGCGGUGCCGGUGUAGGGAAGACUGUGCUUAUCAUGGAGCUGAUCAACAAUGUGGCCAAGGCCCAUGGUGGUUACUCUGUGUUCGCUGGUGUGGGUGAGCGUACCCGUGAAGGAAACGACUUGUACCAUGAAAUGAUCGAGUCUGGAGUCAUCAACCUGAAGGACACCACCUCCAAGGUGGCGCUGGUGUACGGACAGAUGAACGAGCCCCCCGGUGCUCGUGCCAGAGUGGCUCUGACCGGACUGACUGUGGCAGAGUACUUCCGUGACCAGGAGGGUCAGGAUGUGCUGCUCUUCAUCGACAACAUCUUCCGCUUCACACAGGCCGGCUCAGAGGUGUCUGCCCUUCUGGGUCGUAUCCCCUCUGCUGUGGGUUACCAGCCCACUCUGGCCACAGACAUGGGUACCAUGCAGGAGAGGAUCACCACCACCAAGAAGGGUUCCAUCACAUCAGUGCAGGCCAUCUAUGUGCCUGCUGAUGAUUUGACCGACCCUGCCCCCGCCACUACCUUUGCUCACUUGGACGCCACCACUGUGUUGUCCCGUGCCAUCGCUGAGCUGGGUAUCUACCCAGCUGUCGAUCCUCUGGACUCGACCUCGCGUAUCAUGGAUCCCAAUAUUGUCGGAGCUGAGCACUACGAUGUUGCUCGUGGUGUGCAGAAAAUCCUUCAGGAUUACAAAUCCCUUCAGGAUAUCAUUGCCAUCCUGGGUAUGGAUGAAUUGUCUGAGGAAGACAAGCUGACUGUCGCCCGUGCACGUAAGAUCCAGCGAUUCUUGUCCCAGCCCUUCCAGGUGGCUGAAGUCUUCACAGGCCACAUGGGCAAGCUGGUGCCCCUGAAGGAGACCAUUAAGGGCUUUAAGAACAUUCUUGGAGGUGAGUACGAUGCCCUUCCUGAGCAGGCGUUCUACAUGGUGGGCCCCAUUGAGGAAGUGGUCCAGAAGGCUGAGAAACUGGCCGAGGAACACUCCUAAACAUCCGAACAAUCAAACUAAUGGAGAUCCAUGAGGAAAAACGUAAGCAGGAAGGGUCCAGCUGUUAGAGCACUUGGUUUGUAAAACAUGUCCAUUACAAAUGUACCGUCUUGUCAUCUUGGAGUUAUAUUUAAUGUCGCCAUUUGGGGAAAAUUAUGGAAUAAAGCAGUCUUUCCACAUA